AUGGUGCUCGAGAGCGAGAUAACGAGGCUGGUGUCCGAGGGAGGAGUCCUCCUCGGCGAAGGCGUGUUCGGCUGGGCCUUCAGGGUCCGGUACCAGGGCAGGGACGCCGUGGUCAAGAUGGCCAAGGACAGGCAGCACGCCCAGCUCUUCCGGGAGGAGGUGCACACCUUGGUGCAGCUGGACGGGCUCGGGGGGGCGCCCCGCGUGGCCACCGUCUGCGAGGACUAUCCCGGGUUCAUCAUGGACUACUGCGGCGGAGGGACCCUCCAAAGCAUGCUCAAGGACGCGGCCCCCGUGGGCGCCGUCCUGCGGGCGGUGCACGACCUCGCGCUGAGGCUUGAGGAGAUCCACCGGGCGGGAUACGCCCACAACGACCUCAAGGUCGACAACGUGAUGGUGGAGACGGGCGCCGACGGCCGCGUGCGGGCGCGCCUGAUAGAUCUGGGCCUCUGCGGGCGCCUCGGCGAGAGCCCCGGCCUGGAGGGAGACCCCAAGGUCCACCGCCACGUGGCCCCCGAGCUCCUGCGGAGGGGCGUGUCCAGCGUCGAGUCCGAGACUUACUCUCUCGGAUACGUCCUGCGCGACGUCCUGCGGGCGUACGCAGGCUCCCUCCCGAGGGAGUCCGAGCUGCGCUGCCUGGCGCGGGCCAUGACCUGCCCCGACCCCCUCCGGCGCCCGGCCUACCAGCUGUGCCUGGCAGGCCUGGCCGACAGCCUCGAGGCCCCGAGGCGGGAGUGA